GACAAGAAGAAAGAUUUAAAUCAAACUCUUCCGGUAGGCAUGUCAAUAAUUUUGCUGCUGUGAUUUCUGUCAAUAUUGUCUGUUUAUCUCACUUAUAGUACAUCCAAGUUUUAGUUUUCGAUCGAAAAUCGCAACUGAAAUUAUUUAGAGUUGAUAGUUCAUAAUGUCAGGGCACGGACAUGGACAUGGGCACGGCCACGACUGCGGAGGUGGACAUGACCAUCCUUCAGAAUCAGAAAUGGCAGCUCAGUUCAGCCUUUACACGAAGAUCGACACAGAACGUGUGGAAUGUUUGAAUGAAACACUUGAUGGAUCGGGCAGGACAAUAUUCAAGCCAUGGGAUCAAAGACUGGAUAAAGACAAGUAUGUUGAAAGUGAUGUUGAUGAAGAAUUGAUUUUCAACAUACCAUUCACUGGAAGUGUAAAAUUGAAAGGAGUUAUUGUCAUUGGUGGACAAGAUGACAGUCAUCCUUCAAGAAUGAGACUAUUCAAGAAUCGCCCAGGCAUGACCUUUGAUGACGUGAACAUUGAAGCAGAGCAAGAGUAUGAACUUCACCCUGACCCAGAGGGGAUGUUAGAAUAUGCAACAAAGGCUGCCAGAUUCAACAGUGUUGAACACUUAACCAUACAUUUCCCUGGAAACUUUGGCAAUGACUCCACUCUGGUGUAUUACAUUGGUCUCAGGGGAGAUUUCACACAGGCUCGUCGCCACGAGGUUACAAUCUGUACAUACGAGGCUCGUGCUAACCCAUCUGACCACAAAACCAAUGUCUUUGACUCCAUGUCAAAUAUGAUCUCUUAAACAUGAUGCACACCUGUGUAAGCCUGCCAUUUAUGUCUUAAAACUGUAUUGCUGCUACGCUUGGAAGAAAUGGUGUUGAAUUAUGAAGUUCCUUUGGAGAUUUACAAUUAUGUAUGAAUACAUUACACCUUUCAUGUUGUCUAAACAUUCACUGUCUUGAUUUUGAAAGUGUCCAGUUUGGGUACUUACCUGUACAGUCAGAUGAAAACUUUGCAACAAAAUUGUGCACGCUAUGGUGUUAACUUCAUCAUAAUGCAGUCCUUAUAAUGUUGAUGAUGUUUGCUUCACCUCAAGAUGCAUGUUUUCUUGUCCUUUUCCCUUGGAAGUGUUUAAUAUUUUGUAUUUAUAACAUAAUAAACAUGUAAAACUAAA